AACACAAACAGUUUGUGCGGCAAUUGCGAAAUGAACGGUUCGUUGUUGCGGAUAAACGUGUAAUGGCGCGACUUGCAUUCGGCGAGUUUAUUGUGAAGUGCGUUUGAGGAAUAUAGUAUUUUUGAAGAAAUAUUUAAAUUUAGAUUUUGGAGGAAUUUAUGCGUUCAACAGGCGUAUUACAAAUAUUCGAAGUUAAAAGUGUUACUUGAAUAACAGUUUCGGGUUACCGUGGUUGUAAGUGUAGGAACUGCUGGUAGAAGACAAAGCUUACGAGCUGGCUUGCAAAGCCGAGUAAACUCAAAGCUGUUUGACAAGUUUUGUGCUGCAGAAUUGCAUACAAAAUUUAUGAAAUACGUUACGUAAAGUAAAGUUGCAAGUAGAAGGACUAUAAAAAACUGAAAAAAAAAAUAUUUCAAAAAUUUAAUUCAAAAUAUUUUCGAAAAAAUAAUAAAAAAAAAGUUUACAAAAAAUUCAAUUGAAAUAAAUUUUCGAAAAAAUUAAAAUAAAAUCAAAAUAAAUUUUUGUGAAAAUUUUAAUAUUUUUUGAGUGAAAAAAUCUAACUAAAAAAAUAUUUUACGAAAAAAAUCAAAAUCGAAAUUUAUUCAAGUACACAUCAAAGGAAAACACUUAACCACCGGUCUACUGCAUCAAUCAUCCCCAACAGCUGUUACAUUCAAAAGUUUGCUACACUCUCACACGCUGAGAGCAACGUUUGAAACACCUGAGCAAACGAGCGAAUUAUACAGACAGCUCGUGCGACCAACGGUAUGUGCCGAGUCAAUGAAACUCCACUGAGCCUGCAGACAGCGUAAAAACUCGCCGCUUUGUUCGUCACUUUUGCUGUUGCGAAAUUGUCUUCACCGUUAUCGUUGCCGGUGUGCAAGUGCUCGUGAGCAAAACAAGCUCGUUGAUUUUUCGCCGCAAUUCAGUUAUUACCGUUCCAAUGAGACACUCGUUAACUUGCUUCGUUUUUUCGCCGUACUCGAGUCGCGUUCGUGUGCCGUUACUGUUGCGUCUGUGUUAGUGCCUCGUUGGCGGCGCUGAUUAGUCGCUUGUUGUGUGUUUAUUUAAUACAAAUCCUGUCGCUCAGCGAACUCAGUUCGUGUUUGAAUUUCGUGAUGUGCGGUUAUGAAUUUGCGGCUGGUAUGCGUCAGCAGCAGAAAAUCGUCUAAACGAAAUAUUGUACGUCGGAAAGUGGACUUCAAUGAAAGCCGAAAAUACGUGCAAGAUUAAGAUAUGCGGUGAUGAACGAAAAUUUUGUGUGGCAAAAUAUUUUAGAAUUGAAAUUCAGAUAACUCAAGUUGAGUUUAGUAAAUGAAAAUUGAGUUGGAAGGCAAAAGAGAAGCUUUCUGAUAACUUGUAAAAUAAAAAAAAAAAAAAACAGAAAGAAAAUAAACAUAUAAGAACAACUUAAUAACAACCAAGCGAGUAUAUAAAUAUUACUAAUUAAAAUAAUAUUAAUCAUAACAAACGCUCAAAGUAUGAAAUGAAGUGCUCAAAAUAUCUCAAAACCUAUUGAAAGUGCAUGAAAAUUUAUAUAAAUUAAAUAUUGAAGCUAUUAUAGUGGAUAAAUUCAAAAGUGAAAAUUGUUUAUCGUAAAAAGUUUAAGAGUGAAAAUAAAAGUAAAUAUUUAAUACUACAAGAAAAUUUAAAAUAUUGUCAAAAAUGUGCUCAAAACACAGCUGGCACUACGGUUCGGCAUGUACGGCCGUAACACGUUUGCUCACCUCAAUAAUACUGUUAGCUCUUGUGGAUUACGCCUAUUCGGAUUAUGAAAAUACAUGGAAUUUAUAUUAUGAACAACCUUGUUGUUUGCGUACACCGAAUGUACAUCAUAUACGACAUCAUAAAGAUCCUGUCAAAGAUUUCAGUUGUGGCGCGCUCUACUACAAAACAUUCUACUUUGAUGAGAACAAUAAUGCGCUCUAUGUGGGAGCCAUGGAUCGAAUAUUUCGCUUGAAUCUGCAGAAUAUAAGUCAAUCAAUUUGUGAGCGUGAUGUGCUCAUAUUGGAACCAUCCGGUUCAGAUAUACUCAGUUGUGUUUCCAAAGGCAAACGAGAGAAGGUGGAAUGCCGCAAUCACAUACGCGUUAUACAACCGAUGGAGUCCGGCUCACGUUUGUAUGUUUGCGGUACAAAUGCGCACAAUCCGAAGGACUACGUGAUAAAUGCGAACUUAACUCAUUUACCCAGAUCGGAAUACGUGCCUGGCAUUGGUUUAGGCAUUGGCAAGUGUCCCUACGAUCCGGCCGAUAACUCCACAGCAGUUUAUGUGGAGAAAGGCAAUGCCUUCGGAUUACCAGCGCUGUACUCCGGCACAAAUGCUGAAUUUACCAAGGCUGAUUCGGUUAUAUUCCGUUCGGAUUUGUAUAAUUUAACAUCCGGUCGGAAGGAGCACAAUUUCAAACGCACCGUGAAAUAUGAUUCCAAAUGGCUUGAUAAACCAAAUUUCGUUGGAUCCUUCGAUGUGGGCGAAUAUGUGUACUUCUUUUUCCGCGAACACGCCGUCGAGUACAUCAACUGUGGCAAGGCAAUCUACUCGCGCAUUGCACGCGUCUGCAAGAACGAUCGUGGCGGCAAAUAUAUGAUCAGCCAAAAUUGGGCGACCUAUCUGAAGGCGCGCAUCAAUUGCAGCAUCUCCAGCGAAUUUCCAUUUUAUUUCAAUGAAAUACAAUCGGUUUAUAAAAUGCCAAAUGAUGACACGAAAUUUUAUGCCACCUUUACGACGAACACACAUGGGAUUGUCGGUUCGGCGGUGUGCAGCUACGACAUACGCGACAUCAAUGCGGCCUUCGAAGGCAAAUUCAAGGAGCAAGCGACCUCCAACUCCGCCUGGCUGCCGGUGCUGAACUCCAAAGUGCCGGAACCACGACCGGGCACUUGCAUCAACGAUACGGCAGCGCUGCCAGAUUCGGUGUUGAAUUUCAUACGCAAACAUCCGCUAAUGGACAAGGCGGUCGAUCAUGAAUUUGGCAAUCCGGUCUUCUACAAACGGGACAUCAUACUCACCAAACUGGUGGUGGAUAAAAUUCGCAUCGAUAAACUAAAUCAGGAGUAUCUCGUAUAUUUCGUCGGGACCAGCACCGGACUCAUUUACAAACUCGUACAAUUCAUACGCUACGGUCAACGCUUCUCGAAUCUGUUGGAUGUGCUGCAGGUCGCGGACAACGAGCCGAUACGCGAAAUGGGUUUGAGUCAGAAGACGGGCUCAUUGUACUUGGCGCUGGAGCAUAGCGUCAAGCAAAUCGAUUUGGCGAUGUGCGCUCGCCGCUACGACUCGUGUUUCCGCUGUGUGGCCGAUCCGUACUGUGGCUGGGACAAGGACGCCAGCACCUGCAAGCCAUAUCAGCUCGGUUUGCUGCAGGAUGUUGCCAAUGAGACUUCCGGUAUUUGUGACACGAGCGUUUUGAAAAAACGCAUCACCGCAUCCUACGGCCAGACACUGCAUCUGUCGUGUUUCGUUAAAAUCCCCGAGGUAUUGAGGCAGAAGUCGGUUCGUUGGUAUCACCACUCAACGGAGCGAGGACGCUAUGAAAUCAACUACAGUCCCGCCAAGUACAUUGAAACCUCCGAGGGUGGCUUGGUGAUUAUAUCGGUGAAUGAGGGUGAUGGCGGACGAUAUGACAGUUACCUGGAUGGAACGCUGCUGUGCAGUUACAGUGUCAAUGUGGAUGCGCAUAGAUGUACGCCGCCUAAUAAGAAGAACGAUUAUCAGAAAAUCUAUUCGCAUUGGUGUAAUGAAUUCGAGAAAUACAAAUCGGCCAUGAAGCAGUGGCAGGCCAAACAAGAUCAAUGCAAUAUGAAGGAGAAGGCGAGCGCUAAGCAUACGAAUGAUGUCUAUAGUAAUGAACCUGUGGUCUGACCGCCAGGUAGCGCGACAAACCACUAAAGACUGAGAUUUUUAAGCUUUUGAAAGACAAUAUUUUCGUAUUUUAACAAUUUUAAUUUGCUAAAAAUUCUUGUAACUAAAAUGUUCUACAGUUAAAAAAAUAGAAAAAAAUCACAAAAAUUCAAUAGAAAAUCACACGAAAAUUGUACAGCAACAAAAACACGAAGUGAAUAUGUAGAAACGAACAGUGAAAGCAAGCGCAGCGUCAAGAACCCACAGCAAUGUUAAACAUAAGCAGCAACAAAACACAGCAAAUGCAACACAGUGGGUCAAGAAGAUGGACAUAAGCAGCAGCAACAACACACACAGA